AAGUGCGUGCUCUCGUGCUUCUCUUCGCCCCCUAGGAUAUCCACCAGAGAGCAAAAGAGUAUCGGAUAGGGAUGGCCGACGUCGCGGAAAAGACGGUGGUUCCGGAGUCUGUGCUGAAGAAGAGGAAGAGGGAAGAGCAAUGGGCGCUGGCGAAGAAGCAGGAACUCGCCGACAAGAGAAAGAAGGAUCGCGAGAACCGAAAGGUUAUCUUCCUUAGGGCGCAAAAGUACUCCAAAGCGUAUGAGACUCAGGAGAAGGAGCUCAUCCAAUUGAAGCGUGAGGCCAGGUUGAAGGGAGGGUUCUAUGUGAGCCCCGAACCUAAGCUGCUCUUCAUCAUCAGGAUCCGAGGUAUCAAUGCCAUGCACCCAAAGACCCGGAAAAUUUUGCAGCUGUUGCGUCUGAGGCAGAUUUUCAAUGGGGUGUUUCUAAAAGUUAACAAGGCAACUAUGAAUAUGCUGCAAAGGGUUGAGCCUUAUGUGACAUACGGAUAUCCUAAUCUGAAGAGUGUGAGGGAGUUGAUAUACAAGAGAGGUUAUGGAAAACUGAACAAACAGAGGGCACCACUGACUGAGAACGCCAUCAUCGAGGAGGCACUCGGGAAAUUCGGAAUCAUCUGCAUUGAAGAUCUUAUCCAUGAGAUCAUGACCGUUGGGCCUCACUUCAAGGAGGCUAACAAUUUCCUCUGGCCCUUCAAGCUCAAGGCACCGUUGGGUGGCCUCAAGAAGAAGAGGAAUCACUAUGUUGAAGGAGGAGAUGCUGGAAACCGUGAGAAUUACAUAAAUGAGCUCAUCAGGAGGAUGAACUAGGUUUAGUUUUAUGUUAGCUUUAAAUGUCUCUUCACUUGCUGCUUGUUUGUGACAUUCUAAAAUUUUGGACAUUUGGAUUUCUUGCUUCAUUUUGUUUGACAGAUGUUGCGGAUUUCAUCUCUUUUGAUAUUUUUGCACUGCAUCUUAUUUUGCCUAGUUCAUGUUAUUUAAUAGUUGGAAUGGUUAUCAGUGUUUCA